AUGGUCGAAGUUCCUCAAGAACUCGUCGACGUCAUUAUUGACCACCUGCACGCAGACCGCCGUGCCCUCCUCGCCUGCCUAUCCGUCUCGAGCAUUUUCCGCUGUCGAGCCCGGUUUCACCUUUUCCCGACCAUUCGCUUGAACAAAAAGCGCGAUUUCGAGGAAUUCAACGUUCUAUGUGCGAAAUCGCCUUCGAUCCCUGACCUUGUCAAAUCUCUUCACGUCAUCCUUCCUGAAUCUGUCACCAAUAUACCAAGUCUUUCGCGCGUCCACACGCUUUAUCUUAACGGCUCGUUGCGGGUCAUGUCUCUGCACUUGGAGUCCUUCAGUAGGAUUUUCUCGUGGGUUCCUAGUACCCUUACAUCUCUAUCGAUCGAGGCCAUCACAUUCCCGACAGAAACUUUUCGUCGCUUGAUUGGGGCUCUCCCACUCCUUAAAUAUUUAUCCCUCUACACCGUAUUCGUGACUGGAACAGGAUCGGUGGACUCUCAACUACUCGAGCUGUCCCGUGGUGGUAAGGGCCCACCGUUAGAAGUCCUGUCGAUCAGAUCCCUUAAUCCCGACGGCGUCUGUCCCUUUUUCCAUGGGUACCCCCUGUCAGGACCGUUCGCCCUAUACAAUCUACGUGAGCUCUAUUUCCCCCGCUUUGUCCUCGAACAAGUUCCGGAUAUUCAACGUAUGCUCGACGCGAGCAAGGACUCGCUUCAUGAGCUACAUCUCGAGCCUGCAUUUUACAAGGUAGGCCCCGUAUCCGGAUGGUCGGACAAGCAGUUCCUGGAUAUCUCCCAAAUACCCAUCGUAACCCUUCCGUUGCCGGGGAAUCGGUUCUUGGAACUGGAGUGGCUCGUUGCGUGCUUGGAAAAAGGCUCGUAUCCAUUGAAGAUUGAGCAGAUCAAUAUAAUCAUAACAUAUGUCUCCUUCCUGCAUUUUUGGAGCGAGAUGGACAAGGCGCUUUGCGGUGAUCCGCAUUUUAGUGCAAUUCGGGUGACGAUCACUUGCGGAGGGUUGACAAGGCAGGAAGCGCUGGCCAUCAUGUCAGCGAUGCCAGGACUGCAUUCUGAGGGGAGAUUGAGCGUUGGGUACAAGGGGGGCGACGGCGAUGCUCUAUAA